AUGGAUUGGUUCAUUGAUCGUCGUGCUGCAAAUUUUCGAGAACGUCGACGGAUGUGCAGUAUAAAUGUUGCUUUUAUGAAAUUACGUCGAUUUAUCCCAACAUUUCCAUACGAGAAACGUUUAUCCAAAAUAGAUACAUUGAAUCUGGCAAUUGCAUAUAUUUCACUUCUUGAAAAUCUAUUGAACAGUGAUCAUCAAAACAUGCAUGCCUAUUUGAAAGAAGCUCUUAUAAUGGCUCGAUCCGGAAAUCCACAAGCACCACCAUGGAGUACCAGCGAUCUUAUAGCACGUCUUAGUUGGAUUAAUUGGAAAAAACUGGGCAUUAAACCAAUGUAA